CUGCUGCUGCUGCUGCUGCUGCUGCUGCUGCUCCUUCGCAGCAGCAGCAGCAGCAGCAGCAGCAGCAGGAGCAGCAGGAGGACGGGGCUUGCGGGGAAAUGUUGGUGGCAGUGAAGGCUUUCCGGCACCGGGACAGCCAGUGUCUGGAGCGGAGUUUGUUUGCUGAAGUGUCCGUACUCUCGCUGCUGCGGCACCCGAACGUGCUGCUGCUGCUGGGGGUUGUGGGGCCUCCGGUGUACGGACUGGUGACGGAGUUCGCGGGCGGCGGCUCGCUCUUCGAGCUGCUGCAGCGCAGCGGGCCGCUGCCGCUGCAGCAGGCCGUGCGGCUGGCCCGCGAAGUGGCCUUGGGAAUGAACUACUUGCAUGCAAGUGGCGUGCUGCACUGCGACUUGAAGAGUCCGAACAUUUUGCUGACAGCAGCGGGCGAGGUGCGUCUCUGCGACUUCGGGCUGGCCACGGUGCUUGCUGCUGCGGGCCAGCAGCAGCAGCAGCAGCAGCAGCGGCAGCAGCAGCAGGGGCAGGAACAUGCUGCGCACCUCGGAUGCGUAGGCACUCACCACUGGAUGGCCCCCGAGAUUCUGCGCGGAGAGCCCUUCACGUUUGCUGCGGACGUUUACUCCUUCGGCAUUGUCCUCUGGGAAAUGCUCAUGGGCGACUUGCCCUUCUCAGGGAUCGCGUCUUCCGCGCACCUGAUAACAGUUGUGGGGUACGGAGGAGUCAGCCCCCCCCUCGACAAGAUCCCGAGGCCCCUCAGGGGCUUUCUCCGCAGCUGUCUGCAGCAAGACCCUUCUUUGAGGCCCUCUUUUGCUGCUUGUGCGCAGCUGCUGCAGCAGCUCUACACUGCCAACUUGCUCGACGUCGAGGUCGACUUGAACUCGCUCCUCGGGCUGGGCUCUUAG